AUGCAGCAUGUUGGAGGGGCCCUAAACUCACCCAGUGCAUCCAUAGGGUUCAACAACACACCCUUCACGCUCCAGAAUCCACCUGGAAUGUCAGACUUGUCAAAUGCAGCCGUGGUGGUUCAGAAUCCUUCCAUGGCGAUCCAGAAUCCUGUUGGAAUGGCAAAUUCCCAGAAUCCACCCACGGGGGCUCUGAACGUGACAGGAACAACUACCCUACAGAACUUACCCGUGGUGAACCAGAAUCCCACUGUGCUUUCCCCAGGAACCACACACAUUGAGAACCAACCUAUUUCGUCCUUAUCAUCUGGAAACUUUACUACGUUUGAUGUAAAGAGAUUCAUGGCUCAGGAGGUCAAUUCCUUAGGGGCUGUACAAAUCAUGACUGGCCUGAUGCAUAUCUGCCUUGGCUCCGUUCUCUUGUAUUUCUUGAAAGUUGUGCUCACCUACUCGGGGUAUCCGUUCUGGGGAGGACUGUCGUUCAUUGUUUCUGGAACUCUCUCAAUAUUAGCUGCAAAACAACCAGCACAGUGCAUGGUAAGAGGCAGUGUUGGAAUGAAUAUUGUGAGUGCCAUCUUCUCCAUUGGUGGAAUGUUAAUUCUUAUCACUGACCUUAUAGUGGUAGAGAAUGCGAGCCCAAAUACCUUUAUCUCCAGUGUCCUCUUUCUCUUCAGUUUCCUGGAGUGCGUGAUCACCUGUGUAUCUUCUCAUUUUGGGUGUGAGGCCAUAGGAUGGAACAACUGGACCACGAUGAUCCUCCUUCCAAACGCAGCCAACACAAGCAGAACCAUGGCCAGAGCCCCGCAGCAAGGCUUCACGUCCGGAGGGGAAUACCCUGAGUCCUUACCUUCAGAAGGAAAGAAGACUCCCCAGGCACCUGACUGCGAAGACCCAAGAUCAUAAGGAUGCUGAUGCUGACUUAGCAGUCCCGGCUUCCUCCGGAAAAGGGCAGUGGCCCCAUAUGCUGCUUUCCCCAGGGAUCCGUUUCCUUCCAUGAGGCUUGGGACUCCAAGACCAUCUCUUCUUGAGCAAUUUAUGUUGCAAAGGCACCCAAGAUCACAUAGUCAUUGCCAGACUUACCUCCCCUCUCCCUCCC